AUGGACCUCAUAGGUCCCCUACCUAAGGGCAGAGAAGGCGCGAACUUCACUAUUGUGGCAUUGAUUACUUCACGAGGCCACCUACAUUCUAAGGAAAAUCCACAAAGGUGUUUGUGGAAAUCACCUAGGAGGACUAGCUUUGACAUAAAAGGUACUAAGGCAAGGGAGCUAACGACCAUCUCCAGCCCAUGGCCCUUCUCCAAGUGGGGCAUGGACCUCAUAGGUCCCUUACCUAAGGACAGAGAAGGCGUGAACUUCACUAUUGUGGCCAUUGAUUACUUCAUGAAGUGGGUUGAGGCUGAACCACUAGCAAAAAUCACAAAAGCAAAUACCUCCAAGUUCUUUUGGAAGAACAUCAUAUGUCGGUUCGAAAUUUUUCACUCCAUAGUUUCAAACAAUGGAAGGCAGUUCCACAAUAAGAAAGUUAGGACCUAUGCGAAGAACUCAGAAUCAAGAAGCACUUCUCAACGCCUCAUCAUCCUCAAGCCAAUGGCCAAGUUGAGAACUCCCACGGGGAAAACUCCUUUCCUCAUGGCUUAUGGCGCCAAAGCCAUGAGCCCCGUCGAGGUCGGCUUACCAUCACCGUGUCACCUUCACUUCAAUGAAAUAAAUAAUGAUGAACUAUGGAGAUUCAACCUCAACUUCAUUGAUGAAAGAAGAGAUGACUCCCAGCUGAGGCUCGCUACUUACCAAAGGAAAAUGACCAAAUACUUCAAUUUCAAGGACCGAGCGAAGGUACCUUGGGUCCAAAUUGGGAAGGUCCCUAUAGAGUCAAAAAAGAACUUCGACCCGACACCUACAGAAUUGAAGACAUGGAUGGCAGGGCACAGCCUCGUCCAUGGAACAUUGAGCAUCUCAGAAUUUACUACCAAUGAAUGCAAUGCAUCGCUGGACGAUCUUUCCAAGCUUAUGUAA